AUGGCACUCAACGGCAUCUCGCUCGAAUCUAACGAGUCAGGCUAUCUCGUUCGCAUCGCACCCAACGAGGUGGCCUGGUCCGAUCCCGAAGCUGUCAGCACUAUAUACCGCACUAAGACCAUUUUCACCAAGACCGAUUACUACGAUGCUUGGGCCUCACCGAACAAAAGAGACGUAGGUCAUUUCCCUGCGCGCCACGAAAAAGAGCAUUCCGAGCGCCGGCGCAUCGUCAACAAUAUCUACUCGGUGUCCAGCAUUCUUGAAUCCGAAGAGGCUACAGACUCGUGCACACAACUCUUUUACGCCACCAUACGCGACUUCACAAAGCAGAGUCCGGUGGUUGAUCUGUGUCUACGGAUCAAUAUGUAUGCCUUUGACGUACUUGGUGAGCUCUUCUACGGCAAGAUGUUUGGCUUUAUGAGCGAGUGCACAGAUAUCGAUUGUACCCUGUAUCUACAAAGCUUGUUCUCGCCAUCAGUUCGCGGGACCUUGGGAGCUGUCAAGCACAUUGAAAACGCCUCCGAAGCCGCCGUGAAAAGGCGCAAGCAGGAGAUUGAAGAGCAUAAGGACGAUAAGAGCGAUAUGCUUCGGAAAAUGCUCGAGAUUAAUGCCGACUGA